GUUGAUUUGCAACUGCGGGUUUCGUCAAGAUGGCGGUGGAGCUGACGAAAGCGUAUGGUGGCGCGUCGAUAAAAAAUAUGAUUUAGAAAGGUUGUUAGGUGUCUUAAAGAAGAACAUUACCCCACCUAUAUCGCUCGAGGAUCACAGUGGAGGAUGAUCAGUGCCUAGACCCAACAUUAAGCUGAAUGCAUUGUGAUUUCCAAUAAUUGAGACAGUGAUUCUGAAAGCUGUCUACAUUAAUGAAAAGAACAAUGUAGUCAGCUUAGCAUAUUCAACACUGAUACGUGGUCUAUACAGGGAUAUGCUGCAUGUGCUUUGGUUUAAGAAAAGAUCCAGAAAGUCUGUGGUCAGGUCAGAUUUUGUAGUAAGUUACCAGCAAUAGUCCCUAUUAUAGAGAAAAUGGAAAUAGAUGACAUUCUACCCCCUCUCCCCUUGGAGCCGCCUAAUGAUUUUGACCAGGAUGAGGGCAGAGCACCUCCACCACCUCCCCUGCAAACGUCCAGUGACGCAGAGGUAAUGGACGUUAGCUCUGGUGGUGAUGGAUACACACACACCCCAGGGGACGAGGAAGCCAAACCCCAGCAGCUCCUUGCCAAGGGUUCAGUAGCUUUCUGUAGCCAUCUCUCAGAUGAGGCCAACCCCAGCCCACCGUGCCCCAGAACGGCCCGCCACGCUCCCCCGGUCACCAAGUUCCUACCAGACCUGAAGCUGCUCCGAGAUGUUAAGAUCAGUGUCAGCUUCACGGAAAGCAGCAAUAGCAAAGACAGGAUGGUUUUGUAUACAGGCGUGGGGCAGGAGGAUGGAGGGGAAGUUGGCUUAGACAGCCUGAAUGGUGAGUUGCAUGACUCAACUAAUGAGCAGGGAGCAGCCGAAGGUAGCUCUGGAGUAGGGAGCGCGGCAGGCGCAAGAGCAGAGGAGGCAGAGGUAGACCUGGAGAAUAAGGUAGAGUUUGCUGUCCUGGAUGAGUUGGAUGACUUCUACGAGAACUUCUUGGAUCAUGAUGGGGAGCACGGUUGCUUCAGGUCUGAGGCCGUAGUUCAGCAGGAGCAAGCUGACGAGGAGGCCCUGGCUUACUCCUAUGAGGAGGAGUUCGACAAUGAUGUGGACGCCUUGCUGGAGGAAGGCAUGCCAGUUCCCAAAAAGAUGCGGAUGGCAGAAGACAAAUAUGGUGGUGACAGUGACCACCAGUCUGAAGGGGAAGGAGGUGUUCAGCCUAUGAUGACCAAAAUUAAGACUGUCCUGAAGAGUCGUGGGCGUCCGCCCACAGAGCCUCUACCUGACGGAUGGAUCAUGACAUUCCAUAACUCGGGCAUUCCAGUCUACCUGCACAGGGAAACCAGGGUGGUUACCUGGUCCAGACCCUACUUCCUGGGCACUGGGAGCAUCAGGAAACAUGACCCUCCCACCAGCAGCAUACCCUGUCUGCACUAUAAGAAAAUGAAGGAACAGGAGGAAAGGGAGCUGAAUGGGGAGGUGACGCCUAACGCAGAGGUGUCUCCAGUCAAGCUCGGUGAGGAGGCCAACGGCAUAGAGAGGGCCGAUGAGCCGGACUCCACGGCCCAGGAACAAGAGGAACGCCCGGCUUCUAGCUUGGCAGAGGCCACCCCGGAUGGGGAGGGUAUCUCUGAUCCAAACGUGCUGAGCAAGGAGUCCCAGGCCUGUGACACUGCACAGGGAGCCCUAGGACAAGUCAAGGCCAAGGUGGAGGUGUGCAAGGAUGAGUCUAUAGACCUUGAAGAAUUUCGUGGUUACCUGGAGAAAUGCUUUGACUUUGAACAAGUGACUGUGAAGAAGUUUCGUACUUGGGCCGAGCGAAGGCAGUUCAACAGAGACAUGAAGAGGAAGCAGGCGGAGUCAGAAAGACCCAUCCUUCCUGCCAACCAGAAACUCAUCACACUCUCAGUCCAAGAUGCCCCAACUAAGAAGGAAUUUGUUAUCAACCCCAAUGGAAAGUCAGAAGUUUGCAUCCUACAUGAAUAUAUGCAACGAGUCCUAAAGGUCCGACCUGUUUACAACUUUUUUGAAUGUGAGAACCCAAGUGAACCCUUUGGAGCCUCAGUCAUUAUAGACGGAGUAACUUACGGCACAGGAACCGCAAGCAGUAAAAAACUUGCCAAGAAUAAAGCUGCUCGAUCCACACUGGAAAUCCUCAUUCCUGACUUUGUGAAACAGACGUCUGAGGAGAAGCCUGUUGAGGGUGAUGAACUGGAGUAUUUUAAUCAUAUCAGUAUAGAAGACUCAAGGGUGUACGAGCUGACCAACAAAGCAGGUCUACUCUCGCCAUAUCAGAUUCUUCAUGAGUGCCUUAAAAGAAACCACGGGAUGGGAGACACCAGUAUUAAAUUUGAGGUGAUUCCAGGGAAAAACCAGAAGAGUGAAUAUGUGAUGACAUGUGGGAAGCAUACUGUGCGUGGUUGGUGCAAGAACAAGAGGGUUGGCAAACAACUGGCAUCUCAGAAGAUCCUUCAGAUGCUUCACCCCCAUGUGAAGAACUGGGGCUCACUGCUGCGAAUGUACGGCAGGGAGAGCAAUAAGAUGGUCAAGAAGGAGAACUCGGACAAGAGUGUGAUUGAGCUUCAGCAGUAUGCCAAAAAGAACAAGCCAAACCUUCACAUCUUGAACAAACUGCAAGAAGAGAUGAAGAAACUGGCCAGGGAGAGGGAGGAGACCAGGAAGAAGCCCAAGAUGACUAUUAUGGAAUCUGCCCAGCCAGGCAGUGAACCCCUCUGCACUGUUGACGUCUAAGACCAGGAAUCACUGAUGAACCAUGGCACUGAACCCCAGUCACUGUCACUCUCACACUCUCUCAGACACACACACACACGUACACACACACACACACCGCCAUUAAUUACUUUUAUGCAUCACUGAGAUCUAAUGGCAAUACAGCAGCGCAUUCACAGAGCCAAUGGCACUGCUUGCUUAUUCCUCCCACGUUUUAUUGGUUCACUGUCGGUAGAUGUAAGGGUCAGGCAAAAUGCACUAACAGACAGUAGAGCAAACGUCGUCUACCUCUCUAGAUGCAUUCUCUGUAUGGCACUAGGAAAAACCCAAGGUGCGGAGUUGACGUGACUUGAUAACAUGAACCACGACAAAAUCACCAUGGCAUGCUUCUCUAACUGCAAAGAACCACUAGACACCUUGGAUUUGUUUUGUAGUGCCGGUUUCAGCAAACCGCAGACUUAUAGUGCCGGCACCUAUAGGUUUGUUUGUGCUUAAAAUAUUUGAAAGGGAUUACUAAUACUUGUGUACUUAUACCAUUCGUUUUAAUUGGGAAACAAAGUUACAUGUCGUUUAUUGGGUAUUUUAAUGGUUGGUGUUAUAUUUUGGGUGAUGAAUUCAAAUAUGCUGUUUUGUUUUUCUUCAGAAUGGCCAGAUAUUGUCUUGGUUUGCACGAUGAAAACAUACGUUGUGAAGUGAUCACUAUUCAGAAUUAUAGUUAUGCACUUGUGUCCUGUCAGAUAUUUUUGUCAACUGAACAUGCUGUUAGUACAGAAAUUUUUGAAUGUGUGGGAGUGACUUGUUUUGUAGUUGUGUAUAAGAGGGACUAAUUGCCUUUUUUUGCCCUGGCAAAACAGGAAACAUAUCAGCAGACAGCUGUAAAGGCUGCUGUCAACUAACGUCCUGCUCCCCUUGCUAACACUGCAGAAAACCCAAGCACAGGGCCACAGAGUACUGUAAGAGGUGAUACACAAGGUAAAGGUCGUUUUGUUUUAUGCUUUUAGAUGUACCUAGCUUUUCAACAUGCUGACUUUUAUCACAAACCAGCCAUGCCAUACACUCCAAACAACCACUCGGUACAGUUGAGUUGCUUUUCAUUUUCAGUGCCCUUAUGAAAUCAAGUCGGCUACAUGUUGCCUUAGUUAAUCCAUUUCAUGAAGGGCUCUGAGUAUAUACAUAGGACCUAAAACACCCUUCGAAGGGAAGUGGAAAGACCAAGCCCCUUGUACUUGAUAAAGCAUUUAUUGUCUAGCCAAUUAACAUUUUUAAAUGGUGAUAUAGCCUAUAAAACAUUGACUCUCUAGAAAUUAACUGCCUACAGCAUGUGCAGAUUUUUAAGAAUUGUCUUAAUGGAUUGUGUAUUUGGUUUGUGUACGUUAGCCAUCAUUGUGACAGUUGAUCAUGUGUCUUGAUCAUAUUUUCUGACCUGGAGCAGAAUAAACUCUCCAAAAGGCAGCCUUGCCAAAAUGAAGUUGGUACACUUACCUCGAACACAAAAUGCGAUUACAUCAUCAAGUCCUACAAAAGCUAAAGAAGCAGUGCAUACCAAAGCUUAAAUACAGUCUUAUGCAUUUUAUAGAAUACGUAGUGUUGCUGCAAACCGCAUACAAUAGAAAAGUCUAUCUAUAUUAACAGGAAAAUACAUAGAUGCAAUACUUGCUGGAACAAAAAUAGAAACUGCUGUGCAUUCAUCGUGUGAAGUAUUUGGCCUGUGCUUUUUUCCAGAAUGUUAAGUGCAUACAUGGACACUUCACAAUUUGUAGACACAAGGCUGUUGUGAUACUGUAGAUUGCUUGAAGAAUGUGCUUUCCCUACCUUUGUGUGUUCUGUCUUGCCAACUGUGUGUCAGUGUGUGAAGAAGAA